AUAAAAGGGACGCGAAAGCCCUGUGAGAACUCUGAGCUCACAUUACGCACCAUCUUCAAACCUUGCCUAAUACCACACCUAUCUUCAGAGUGGGUGACAUCCAUUUGGACAAAUGAAAAUGGGAUUGGAGAACAACAUAGGGAGCACUCUUAAGGAAAGCCAAGGACAAAACUCAGUUUCCCUUAUUAUUCCUUUGAGUGGAAAUAAAAAUAACAACAACAAGAACAGCAUAAAAAUACAAUCUGUAUCCAACCAACGUACUGGAACUAUAGUGAAAUCCCAAGCCAACAGUGAAAGUCUAGUUAAAUCGCAAUCCUGCCAAGAAAGACUGGACAAAGCUCAAUCUAGCCAAUCCAUUGGAAGGUUCCUCAAAUCACAGUCCAACCAACACAGUGAAAAGUUUACCAAAUACAAAUCUAAUCAACAGAGUGAAAGACCAUUCCAAACACAAUCCAAAGACCACUUUGAAAGACCAGCCCCAUCUGAAAUCAAUGAAUACAGUGACAGACUAAUUCUAUCUCAAUCCAACCAACUUGACAAACUCAUCCUGCCAAAAGCAAAACAACAUAGUGUAAAAUGUCAACCACAGUCCAUCCAACAUUGUGAAAGACCAAGCCAGGCUUCAGCAGUCCAACACAGAGAACAGUUUGUCCUUUCUUUAUCCAACCAAUAUAGUAAAAGUCUUGCUCAAUCAAAGUCCAGCAAACACAAUGAUGAAAGAACCAUCCAGUCUCAAGCCAACCAAAAAACUGACCACCUAACCCUAUUUCCAUCCAACAAGCAUAGUGAAAGACUAAUUCAAUCUAAAUCAAAGCAAAACAAAGACAAUCUAAUUCAUCCUCACUCUGACCAACAGAAUAAAACACAGAUGGAACCUCUACAUGGCCAACAAAGAGAUAAAGUAGUUCCAGACAGCUGUAAUUUUUCAUUGUCGCCACAUUUGAAGACAGAAGCAAAGGUUUUACGUAGAAAUGAAUGUAUCACUAUUUCUAAUUCUUGUCAACCAUGUGAUUCUGAUGUUAAAUAUCAUCAAGAAAAAAACACAGUCGUAAAUCAGCAUGAAAACAAAGUGUCCAGCAUGUCCGCUGGAAGUAAAAAGGAGGUUUUCCAGUUUUGGUCAUCUCGAGUAAGAAGCCACACAAACGUUAAUGGACAUAAUUCAAGAGCCAAUUCAAACUCAAGCAAACAAACAAUGCAAACUGCUUCCAAAAUGGAAACUCGUUCUCAAAAUAGAUUGGAAAGUCAUAGCUGUGGGUUGGAUUGUAAUAAAGAUGUCAGCAAAUGCAUGAAGCCUGGGAAGAAGAGAAGUGACAUGUUUUCCAUGAACACAUUUAUCCAUAUUGAUCAUCAUGUCAUCAGCAUAAGUGACCAGAUUAGAUUUGAAGAUUAUUCAAUAGAAGAAAUUGUAUUUGAGAUCACCAAGAAGGCUAAUAGUGAUCUAGAAAAGAUACGAGCUAUUUGGAUAUGGCUUUGUCACAAUAUCAGUUACGAUGUUGAAGGUUAUCUCGGACUGUCACCAAAGAUAUUCCAGCCAAAAGAUGUCGUGAAAAGUGGAAAAGCCGUGUGUUCUGGCUACGCAGGACUAUUUAAAGAAAUGUGCAGGGAAAUAGGAAUAAAAUGCAGAGAAAUAUCUGGACACAGUCGAGGAUCAGAAUACAGCAAUGGUCUUAGCUUCCAUAGGACAAAAUCCAACCAUAUGUGGAACGCGUUGGAGCUUGAUGAUCACUGGUAUCUUUUGGAUGCUUGCUGGGGAGCAGGAACAGUAAAUCUCCAGGAAAAGAUAUUUGUUCCAAGUUAUGAUGACUUUUUCUUCUUCACCGACCCAGAGAAUUUCAUUGAAACGCACUGGCCUGAUGACCCCAUUUGGCAGCUGCUCAAAUCUCCAGUGUCCUUCCAGGCAUUUGAGCAAAACGUUUUCAAAACCUCUGAGUUCUUUAAACUUUGCCUUUCUGUCAUCUCUCCAAAAGACUUCUAUCUCAAAACAGAUCAUGGUCAGGUGCAAGUGUCGCUGGGAUGCUCGAAGCCGAUGGAGUUCAGCUAUAAGAUUUAUAAACUUUCCAACAAUGAAAGACACCUUGUAGAAAAGAUGUAUGGAAUAUUGACUAUGCAUCAUUUAUCUAUGACCCUCAGAGUUAUUCCACCAGUGGAAGGUUUGUUUGAGCUCAUGAUUUUCGCAAGACCUAUGGACAACAAAGACAUCUACAAGUGGGUUUGUUCAUACCAAAUUAAUUGCACACAGGCUCAAUGUUCUGAUUUGUUAAUUGAAAACCCUUUCCAUUUUUGGGGCCUUCACCAGAAUGCUAAAGAUUUUGGAGUCAGUGGAUAUAAUUAUGAAGAGGACCUAAUUGUGGCAAGCAGCAGUUUGAGCGUAAUUUUCAAGACAUUAAGGCCAUUGAUGGCAAUGUACGAGUUAGUUCACAAAAAACUGACUGGACCGCUCAGUAAGAAAUGCUUUGUAUCUCACAUCGAAGAAACACAACUAAGCUGCCAUCUACUGUUCCCGUACCUUGGGUACUACAGACUUUCAUUGUUUGUGAAGGAUAUGAAUAGAGAACCUUAUAGAAAUGCUGCUAAUUUACUUAUUCAAUGCACCAACCCAAUAAACCAUAAUGAACUUUAUCCAUCUGGUCUUAGCAUCCACUGUGGACCAGGUCUUAGUUCAAAAGUGAAUGGGCUCAAAGAUCCGAGCCACCUUCAUCCCGUUAUUAACACAACAAGUGGGGCAUGCACUAUAAGCUUUCACACCUCAUCUGCCACUGAGCUGCUUGCUACACUUGAAGAGAACAAGGGGAAGAAUAAUUUGUCCUCGCUAGACAGAUAUUGUUUGGUUACACACCUGGAGCACAAAAUCAGUGUAAGCCUACAUCUUCCAUUAUCAGGAUAUUAUAAACUGAGCAUUUUUGCUAAGAGUCAAGGAAAAAGCCAGGACUUCUCUCAUGUGUGUGACUAUGUGAUACGAUGCUUUGCUGAUACCCAAUUGCUUCCUUUCCCAAAGGUUUACAGUGGUUGGAGACAAGGUUGCAUAUUGUUACAUCCAAGAGCUGGUCUUCUCGAAGCGGAAAGCUGGGAGACUUUCAGAGUUAAAAUUCCCGGAGCUUAUAAGGUAGUUGUGAUAGGCCCUAAAAAGACAGAACUGCAGCUCAUCCAGAACAAGAUCUGGGAAGGCAAGGUUUUCACAGGACCUCCUGGGUCUUUAAUCAAACUUGCUGUUAAAUUAGCACAAAACUCUACCACAAUGGAUAUAAUGAUGUCCUUUAAAUCACAAACUAACCCUAAUAUUAUUGAUGGAUCAUCGGGUUAACUAAAUGUUUGGUGACAGAAAUUGCAGAGCCAAAGCAUUGCACAGGUCACAUUAAAAUAAAUGAAGAAUUCAUUAAUGGUUUGACGCUGUUUUUGUCUGCAGAACGUGGCUCCAGGAUCAAUGUCAAUACACAGUGUCCCACGCAUUUCGCUGCCUGGGAAUCAGCUGUUAUGGCUUUGAGUUAUAUGACUGCCAGUAAGAAUGUGUGUAUUAUUAUAUUUGGUCUGGAGUGAUCUGAAUGUUCAAUAAGGAAAUUAUACAGUCACAGGAUGAGAUUACGGAGGCAAUUUCUAAAAGUGGAGCAACUGCAAUAGAAUCUGAUGGAAUGUUCUUUGUGAUUUCACAUCUUUGGAACUUUUUCUCAGAAAUACAACACUUGUAUAUUUCUCCCUAAAUACAUUUAUUUAGACUAUAUCUAACUUUAUUAGCCUUCUCUCAGUCCUUCUCUGGUAAUAAUCCUGAAAGGACAUUCCAAACACUAUACCCUCUACAGUUUUUUUGUUUUUAAAUUAUUUUUAAGAGACAUAGAGCACGGAUAAAGCACAUCCAUAAGAGCAUGGCACCUCUCAAUUUAAAUUACAGUCAGUGAAAAAAAAAUAAAGAAAAUAAGUAAGAGAAAAUGAGAAGGGUAAGACAAGGUGGAGGUGAACACCAUUGGGAUGCAACUCAGCCAUGGACCCCAUGCUUGUCAGAAGCAAAAGGAGGUAUUAGAAACUAUUACAGUUAAUUUAUCCAUGAGAAAAUUAUCCUCUACCUUUAGAAUGACCUCCUGGAUGGAGGUGCCAAUAUCCUUUAGUCAAACUGCCACCAGAGCCCUACAGGCAGCCCUUUUAAAGGACCACUCUAGUGCCAGGAAAACACUUGUUUUCCUGGCACUAGAGUGCCCUGGUGGU